AUGGCUGACCACAUUGACGUUCUCCUCUAUGGCCUUGGGGCCAUUGGUUCUUUCUACGCCUUCAUCCUGGGUCGGGCGCCCAAUGUGCGUCUGACCGUGGUAGCAAGGUCAAACUAUGACGCAGUGAAAGAGAAAGGGCUGGUCAUUGAAAGUGAGAACCACGGCAACCACGUUGUCCGGCCAUUUGAGGUGGUAAAGACUCCAGCGGAUCUUAAGAAAACCUUUGAUUAUGUUGUCUGCACAAACAAAGCAACCGACCAGGAUGAGACGGCAAGAGCAUUAGUCCCAGUCGUCGACCAAGGGAAAACGUCAAUCGUCAUCAUCCAAAAUGGGGUUGGAAAUGAGCCGCCCUUCCGGAAUGUCUUUCCGAAUUGCACAAUCAUCACCUGUGUGACCUGGGUCGGUGCGAUCCAGACAUCGCCUGGAUUUGUUAUCCACAGAAAGUCCGAAGACCUGCAAAUCGGUCUUUUCAAGGAUCAAGUGGAGUCUCAGGGCGCAGAUGACCAAGCGAAGCUGGAUCGUUUCGCGGAACUGCUCAAGCAGGGCGGUACCAAGUUCCAAGUCCUUGAGGACAUGCAAGUCCAGCGCUGGGAGAAGGUGGUCUGGAACGCCGCGUGGAACUCGCUCACGACACUCACCAUGCUUGACACCAAAACUUGGCUGAAUUCUUCGGCACAGGCGACGCCUCUCACUCGGCAGCUGAUGCAGGAGGUGAUUGAUGUGGCACGUGCCUGCAACGUCGGCCUUGACUCUUCUCUCAUCGACCGCUUGAUGGAUAGGAUUCUGGCUAUGCCGGGCAUCGGCAGUAGCAUGCAGACUGACUGCAAAAACGGGAAACCGAUGGAGGUGGAGGUGAUUUUGGGAUAUCCGGUGCGGAAAGCAAGGGAACUGGGAGUGAAGACUCCUAUUAUCGAGACCCUGUACACUCUGCUGCUCGGUGUUGAUCUGAGGCUGCGGAAUGAGUCAAAAUAG